AUGGCGAAACGAAAGUCUGAGAGAGAUCCCGAAGAGCUCCCCGAUGUGUCGGACAAGCGCAAGCAAAACGAUGACGACGAGUCUGGCAGCGACGAGGACAUGGAUAUGGUGAAUGUCGACUUCGAGUGGUUCGAUCCGCAGCCAGCAGUCGAUUUCCAUGGUCUGAAAAACCUCCUGCGCCAACUCCUCGAUGUUGACUCGCAAUUGUUCAACCUGUCAGAACUCGCCGACAUCAUAUUAUCGCAGCCACUACUCGGCAGCACCGUCAAGGUCGAUGGCAAUGAGACAGAUCCCUACGCCUUCCUUACCGUCCUGAACCUGGAGACACACAAGGACAAAAAAGUAAUCCAAGACUUAACAACCUACCUAUCCAAAAAGUCCGCGCCAAUCCCCACACUCCCACCCCUCCUAACACCCACGUCUCCCGCGCAGAUCGGCCUCAUCCUAACCGAGCGCUUUAUAAAUAUGCCCCACGAGAUUGUACCGCCAAUGUACACGAUGCUUCUGGAAGAGAUCCAGUGGGCGGUUGAGGAGAAGGAGCCUUACACAUUCACCCAUUACCUCGUUCUGUCCAAGUGCUAUUCGGAGAUACAAAGCCAGUUGCCGAGUGAAGACGCGCCGCCAAGCAAGAAGAAGAACAAGAAGGCGGAUGUGGGUGAGGAGACAUUCUAUUUUCAUCCCGAGGAUGAGGUGCUGCACAAACAUGCUGUGGGGUACACGAGUUUUGAGUACGAUACGCCGGUGGAUGAGGGCGCGAGUGACAGUAAGCGGGCGUUCCAGGAGUUGGGGGUUAAGCCCAAGGGACAUAUGGUGUUGAUUGAGGCGGACAAGUUCAAGGGUGCUGUGGAGGCUGUCAAGGCGUUUUUGAGCGGACAGUAA